GUGUGUGUGUGUGUGUGUGUGUGUGUGUGUGUGUGUGUGUGUUUAUUGCUAUAUGAGUUUGAACUGGAUGUUAAAUGUCUUGUUUUUUUCUUACUUGUUAUCCAUCUCCCCCUCUCUUUUCUUUUCCAGGUUCCAGGUGAUUUAAGCCAGACGUCGGAUGACCCCAGCCUGUCAGAUUUUGAGACGGCUCAUCGCGCUCUCAUCAACGUGUGGAUCCCCUCCGUGUUCCUGCAGGGCAGAGCUGCCAACGCCUACCACGUCUACCAGGUCUACAUCCGGAUCCUGGACAACGAGUGGAACGUGUACAGGCGCUACACCGAGUUCAGGGAGCUCCACAACCACCUGAGGACCCAGUUUCCACAGGUGGACACCUUCAACUUCCCACCCAAGAAAGCCAUAGGGAACAAGGAUGCCAAGUUUGUGGAGGAGAGGAGGAAGCAGCUGCAGGGCUACCUUCGCACGGUGAUGAACAAACUGAUCCAGACGCUGCCAGGGUUCACAGCCCGCCCCACCAAAGAGACCCUGCUGUCUCUGCUGCCUUUCUGUCUAGACACACCCCAGGCCAACGACGGCGGGUCCAAGACGCCCCGGUCCAAAACGUCAUCCCGCUUCCCCAGACUGGGCCGCAGCCGCAACCAGGAAACCAGACCUGAACCCCAGAGUGGCGACCUUUAACCCCCCCCCCCUCCCAAGAGCCGCUGAACUAAUAGUCUCUCACUCUGUAGGCCGAGGAGGACCUCCUUGGACUGUGACACACAGGCUUACAGUGUGUGAGGACAUUAGGGGUGUCUGACGGACCUUCAGAGCCUCAGUGGAGGUUUGGAGACGUGUCUAGGAGAAAUGUAAAUGUGUCUGUGCAUCGCCGGGCUGAGUAAAGGACAAACGACUCGCCUGAGGCGGCCUAGCAGUGAACCCAAUCAUACAGCACCUCUUACCUCACUGAGACACAAAAAGACUCUCUGCAAACUGCACAGGAACUGUCCUGGACUGCUCUCUCUAAUCUCAAACACAAUGAGACGAUGGAGAGGUGUUUUUUUUUUUCUUACUCCGCUCAGUUUUGUAGUGACGGUGUUUCUUGGUCACAGUGCCAACAGUGUUUUGUAGCUGCUUUCCUGCUCUGGGAACGGAGCGGAGGGUGUGGAUUUAAGUAUUAUCUGGGGAAAUGAAUUUUGCUUUUCAGCUAAUGUGUCAGCAUUAUAGUGCCAUUACAUUUUAGAUGAUGAUUCACAUUCUCUGCUGUGGACCACAAGGCAGUGGGCAUUCCUUUUUCCUACUUCUGUUAUAUUAUUAUCAUUAUGGCUAAUGGAAGAUCUGCAGAAAAACACAUCUUAAUGUGACCGGGGAUGCAGUGGUUAUGAAAAGCAUCUUUUAAAUUCUACAUAAAGAGCAUGUGAAUGGAUUUGGGUUAACACACCUGAUAAAAAACAAAAUCUAUUUGGGACUGUACAAAAGUUAUUAGGGUUGGGAGGGGGGGGUGAAUCUUAUAAUUCACUAUCUGAAAAAGCAAGACCCCCCAGAGCUAUUGAUGUUCUCCCAUUAUCUUUAAAUAAGUACUUAGUUGUUACAACUCACUUAACUAUUACUGACUAAAAGAGGCAAAGAAUAACCCUAAUAUAACGAUGGAAAAAUAAUCCAAAAUUCCAAAUUCAACAAAAUUCCAGCCACUGUUUACUUCAGAGUAAAAGCUUUUACACACCGAGGGUGGUUUUUUUUCUGUGCAAUUAAUUUGCACUUAAAUUAAUUUUUUGAACUGUUAUUUUCAUACAACAUUACGCGUCGAAAAAGCGGUGCGUUUUUCUUUUUUUUUUUUUUUUCUGAACAAGGUUGAUUUUUCUCAGCUUUCGCAUC